AAGUGGCCUGAUUGGACACAGUGCAUAGCCACCUGGCUGCAUGCUCAGUGGCGGGCUCCUGUGCUCAGACCUGAGGGGAGGGGCUGGACCACACUGAUGAUGAGGGAGACACAGAUUUUUUAAUAAAUCCCAAGGUUUGGUUAGUUUUAUCUUUCUGACCCCUAAUUUCCCUGUGGAUCAAACACAUAGUAAAGUUGGGAUGAAGUGGGGAUGACCUGCUGAUCAAACAGUAAUAGGCAGAUCCAAGCAGACUGUGGUCAAAGAACCCUAAACAGCAGGCCUGGCCCUAAGGCAUGAACUAGAACAUAGAGCUGGGGACAGACCGAGAGGACCAAGGGGACACGGCCUUAAUAGAAAGGACACAGGCUGCAAUCCAGACACACCCGAGGCUGGGACCCUGCUGACGUGGCAGCCCUCUGCCCUGGCCCCUUACUGCCCCCCGCCCCUCUCCCCCGCCUGCCAGCUGCCAACAGGGCUCAGGGCUCUGCUCUGUGUCUGCCACACCUGUCACUGCCUGUCCUUGCCCAGGGGGGGGGCCCCAUCAGCCCCUCCUCAGCUGCCCAGCAGAGCAAGCAGUUAGUGGGGAGGGGAGGGAACAUGGAGCGGGGGCCGGUGGUGGGGGCAGGGCUGGGGGCCAGGGCCCGAAUCCGGGCAUUGCUGGGCUGCCUGGUCAGGGUGCUGCUCUGGGUGGCCUCUGCCGUGCUGUAUUUUGGAAGUGAACAGGCUGCCCGCCUCCUGGGCAGCCCCUGCUUACGGCGCCUGUACCAUGCCUGGUUGGCAGCAGUGGUCAUCUUUGGGCCCCUUCUUCAGUUCCAUGUCAACCCUCGGACUAUCUUCGCCAGCCACGGAAACUUCUUCAACAUAAAGUUUGUGAAUUCCGCGUGGGGCUGGACAUGCACCUUCCUGGGGGGCUUCGUGCUGCUGGUGGUGUUCCUGGCUACGCGGCGUGUGGCAGUGACUGCCCGGCACCUGAGCCGGCUGGUGGUGGGGGCAGCCGUGUGGCGGGGGGCUGGCCGGGCCUUCCUGCUCAUCGAGGACCUGACCGGCUCCUGCUUCGAGCCUCUGCCCCAGGGCCUGCUGCUCCAUGAGCUGCCUGACCGCCGCAGCUGCCUGGCAGCCGGCCACCAGUGGCGGGGCUACACGGUCUCCUCCCACACCUUCCUGCUCACCUUCUGCUGCCUGCUCAUGGCUGAGGAAGCGGCAGUGUUUGCCAAGUACCUGGCCCACGGGCUGCCCGCCGGUGCGCCCCUGCGCCUUGUCUUCCUGCUCAACGUGCUGUUACUGGGCCUCUGGAACUUCUUGCUGCUCUGUACUGUCAUCUAUUUCCACCAGUAUACUCACAAGGUGGUGGGCGCUGCCGUGGGCACCUUUGCCUGGUACCUCACCUACGGCAGCUGGUAUCAUCAGCCCUGGUCUCCAGGGAGCCCUGGUCAUGGGCUCUUCCCUCGCCCCCACUCCAGCCGCAAGCGUAACUGAAAGAAAUAAAGGCACGUCCGGCCUGG